UUCACUGGCCCAUGGCAACUGUGGGAUCGUAUGAGCUAGUGUGGGUGACCAAAGGCCACAGAACUCUUCUGUGAAGACCGAUCUCGCCAGUCGCCGAAUUUUGCAAAUAUAAUGAGGCAUUUAUUGUUAACGUUAUCAAGAGCAUCUCACGAUACAUCAGCUAUUCUUUCAUCUGCUCUCUACACGUCUCGUAAUAUCUCGCAUUUCGUGUCAAGAAAUGAUGUGUGUUUUAUCAAGAAUGGACCAGCAUCAGCUGUGUUAUUGCCUCAACAAUCCCUGCAUGAGAGAAUUCAGAGGAUCUCCAUGACUCCAGUUUUUGAGAAAGUCAAACAAAAAAGUGACAAGAAAAAACUUGGAAAAUCUCAGAAUGUCGACAUGAACGAACUCUCGGAAGUCAUCGAUGUUGAUAAAUUCACCAGCCAAAUGAAUUAUUCCAUCGAGGAGAUGAAGAAAAACUUCAUAACUAACGUUUCUCUCAGGUCUUCCAUUGGGGCCAUUGAAAAGGUCGUUGUCAAUUUCGAGGGGGAAGAUUUCAUACUCGAGGAGCUGGUACAAAUUUCCAGGAAACCAAAAAUCGUUAUCCUCAAUGUCACGACUUUUCCUCAAGCUAUUCCUCAGGUUCUCGAUGCCAUCAGCAAGAGUGGACUGAAUUUAAAUCCUCAACAGGAUGGAACGACUAUUUUUGUUCCAAUACCAAAAGUAACAAAAGAGCACCGAGAAGGUCUAGCAAAAAAUGCAAAAGCCCUCUUCAUAAAAUGUCGAGACAGCCUCAAAGACAUCAAGAACAAAGAGAUAAAAGACAUGAAAAAAAUUCCGUCAAUCUCCGAAGACCAAGUGCGAAGAGUCCAGAGUCAUCUCGAAACUCUCUGCGAAAAAUAUGUGAAAGAAGCUGAAAUUCUACUAGACACUAAGCAAAAAGAACUCCUCAGGACCGAAUAAAUAGAGUAAUACAUUUUAACACUUUGGUUUGUAUAAUUUUUUUAUUCCAAAAAUACAAGGAUGUGGAUAGCUAGGG